CUUCAUGACAUGUUUUUUAUUUGUUUCCUCAAAACAAGUUAGUAUCUCUCACAAAAAUGGCCACUCCUCACUUUGUGUACCUUCUUCUACUUGUCUCCUUCACUACUUUUUCUUCUUCACUUCCACCACUUUCUUUGAAAAACCAAGCUUCAAUCUUAGUUUCCAUGAAACAAGAUUUUGAAGCUUCUAACUCUUCUCUAAGCACUUGGAACAUCUCAAACUACAUGUCACUUUGCACUAAUUGGUAUGGCAUUCAAUGUGACCAUAAUAAAAUCUUUGUAAUGUCACUUGAUAUUUCAAAUUUAAAUAUUUCAGGUUCACUUUCACCUCUUAUAACAAAACUCACUACCCUUGUCAAUGUUUCAAUCCAAGGAAAUAGCUUCUGUGGUGAGUUUCCAAUCAAUAUUCACAACCUACAAAAUCUUAAAUUCCUCAACAUAUCAAACAACAUGUUUAGUGGAAACUUGAGUAGUAUGGAAUUUAACAAGUUAAAGGAGCUUGAAGUUUUAGAUGUUUAUAACAAUGCUUUCAAUGGUUCACUUCCUCAUGGUGUUACUCAAUUGUUAAAUCUCAAGCAUUUGAAUUUUGGUGGCAAUUAUUUCUAUGGAAGGAUUCCUCCAAGUUAUGGAAAAAUGAAGAAUCUCAAAUUUUUGUCACUUGCUGGAAAUGAUUUGAGUGGUUUUUUACCUAGUGAGCUUGGAAAUUUAACAAACUUGGAAUAUCUUUAUUUAGGUUAUUACAAUCAAUUUGAAGGUGGAAUUCCACAUGAGUUUGGUAAGUUGGAGAAUUUGGUUCAUUUAGACCUAGCAAAUUGUUUAUUGAAAGGUUCAAUUCCAAAUGAGUUAGGGAAACUUUACAAGUUAGAUACACUUUUCUUGCAAACAAAUCAACUCACUGGUUUUAUUCCACCUGAGUUAGGUAACUUGAGUAGAUUGAAUGCUCUUGAUUUAUCACUCAACAACUUAACAGGUGGAAUUCCAAAUGAAUUCUCAAACCUUCAUCAACUUUCACUUUUGAAUUUGUUCAUCAACAGGCUUCAUGGUGAGAUUCCUGAAUUUGUUUCUGAGUUUCCAAAUUUGGAAGUGCUUAAGCUCUGGAGAAAUAACUUCACUGGAGUUAUUCCUCCAAAGCUAGGUCGAAAUGGAAAAAUAACUGAGCUUGAUUUGUCAACAAAUAAACUCACUGGAUUAGUGCCAAAAUCACUUUGUUUUGGAAAUAGGCUCAAGAUUUUGAUCUUGCUAAACAAUUUUUUGUUUGGUAAUUUGCCUUAUGAACUUGGUCAAUGUUACACAUUACAAAGAGUUAGAAUUGGUCAAAACUAUUUGACAGGUUCAAUUCCACAUGGUUUUCUUUAUUUGCCAAAUCUUUCACUUUUGGAAUUACAGAACAAUUAUCUCAGUGGUUUGAUUCCACAACAAAAAGGCCAAAAAGAAAACACUACCUCUAAAUUAGAACAGUGUAAUUUAUCAAACAAUAGGUUUUCAGGUUCACUUCCAAACUCAAUUGGAAAUUUUCCAAAUUUGCAAAUUCUCCAACUUUAUGGAAACAGAUUCUCAGGUGAAAUUCCAUCAGAUAUAGGAAGACUAAAAAAUAUCCUCAAAUUGGAUUUUAACAGUAACAAUUUUUCAGGUACUAUUCCUAAUGAGAUAGGUAAAUGUAAUUUACUUACUUAUUUGGAUUUGAGUCAAAACCAAUUUUCAGGUCCUAUUCCAAUUCAAGUCUCUCAAAUUCAUAUCUUAAACCAUUUUAAUGUCUCAUGGAAUCACCUAAACCAAACAAUUCCAAAAGAGCUAGGAAACUUAAAGGGCUUAACUUCAGCAGAUUUUUCUCACAAUAACUUCUCUGGUUCAAUACCAGAAGGUGGACAAUUCUCAACUUUUAAGUCAUCAUCCUUUGAAGGUAACCCUAAUUUAUGUGGUUAUGAUUUCAAUCCAUGCAAACUUUCAUCAACAAAAGAAUUGGAGUCAAACCAAAAAAGUGGAAUCACAACAACAAAGUUCAAGUUCCUUUUAGCAUUGUCAUUAUUGGUUUGUUCAUUGAUUUUUGCAACAUUGGCUAUUAUCAAGAGUAGGAAAUCAAGGGAAUCAUCAUCAAAUUCAUGGAAGCUAACAUCAUUUCAAAAGAUGGAAUAUGGAAGUGAAGAUAUCAUAGGUUGUUUAAAAGAGAGUAAUGUUAUAGGAAGAGGUGGAAAUGGUGUUGUUUACAAAGGAAAAAUGCCAAAUGGUGAUGAAGUUGCUGUGAAAAAGUUGUUAGGUUCUUCACAUCAUGAUGAUAAUGGUUUCUCAGCUGAGAUAAAAACAUUAGGGAGAAUAAGGCAUAGGUAUAUUGUUAGGUUGGUUGCAUUUUGUUCAAACAAAGAAACAAAUUUGCUAGUUUAUGAGUACAUGAGGAAUGGAAGCUUAGGUGAAGUUUUGCAUGGGAAAAAGGGUGAGUUUCUUAAGUGGGAAACUAGGUUGAAAAUUGGUGUUGAAGCUGCUAAAGGACUUUGUUAUUUGCAUCAUGAUUGUUUGCCUUUGAUUAUUCAUAGAGAUGUUAAGUCAAAUAACAUUUUGUUGAAUGAUGAAUUUGAGGCUCAUGUUGCUGAUUUUGGACUUGCUAAGUUUAUGCAGCAUGGUAAUGGGACUUCUGAAUGUAUGUCUUCAAUUGCUGGUUCUUAUGGAUAUAUUGCUCCAGAAUAUGCAUACACAUUGAAAGUUGAUGAGAAAAGUGAUGUAUAUAGUUUUGGAGUGGUGCUGCUAGAACUAAUAACAGGGAAAAGGCCUGUUGGGGAUUUUGAGGAAGAAGGAUUAGACAUUGUUCAAUGGACCAAAAUGAAAACCAAUUGGAACAAAGAGAUGGUUAUGAAGAUCCUUGAUGAGAGGCUACCACACAUUCCUUUAGAUGAAGCAAAACAAGUGUUUUUUGUGGCCAUGCUAUGUGUUCAUGAACAUAGUGUCGAGAGACCAACUAUGAGGGAAGUGGUUGAAAUGCUUGAACAAGCAAAGCAACAAAACAUAUUUCAAAUGCAGAAAAACAUGUAGCCCUAAUACUUAUGAAAGUGUGUCUAGUGUUUGACAAGUGUCGGAAUCUGACACGAUAUUUGUGAUUACAUUCAAUCACUUCCAUUUUUACAAAUUAUACAUAUGUUCAUGUUUGGUGUCAAUGUUUUAUAACUAAGAAAAAAGGGACAAGUUAAAAAGAAUGUUGAAAUCUAUAUUCUCUAUACAUAGUUUUGUGUUUAUGUUU